CAUCAUGUCUCUGAGUCUCUAAUAAUGAUACGGACCAUCCGCCGGCCUCCAGCUUGAAUGACAACACCAGCUUCAUAUUUCCCCUCUCCUUAGAUAUACUCUUGGCAACGAUACGACACACGAAAAUACGCAUUAACGUAUCUUUCUCUUAACCUUUUAUUUUUAUCCAGCUCUUGAAUAAUACCGGAUAUUCUAAUUAAUAUGAAUACCGUUGUCGCACAGAAACAGCAAGCUGGCGUAACAUAAAGGAUACCGACCAAUGUGCGAUUGGCCACUGAAACGCAGGUUCGCAUGGCUCUAUUGAACUUUUCUUCCUUACAUCUACCUCCCUAAUAGCCCCCUUCCUUUACCUCUCCCCUUUUUUUUUCAACCAAUCUCGCUUCACCAACACUCGGCCCAAUAUGGUAAACCUAAUAUAGAGGAAUACCGGUUUCAGAGACGGGGGAAGGAUACAUCAUCAGAGGAGCUAAUAUAUAGUCCAUCCACCGGGUGAUUCCAAGAUGAGCGACGAGGGAUAUACCAACCCAUUGCCUUCUUACAAGCGACCGUCCCUAGCCGACAUCUGGGCUUCCAUUUCACUCCGCUGCCUUGUUGAUCGUCCAUACGUCCCUUCUCUUGAACGUAUCCCCGAAACGCAGAGGGCCAACUUCAAAUUCCCCGUAUUGUCUCCACAUCCGAGGGCAAUGUGGUUAGGCCACGCGAGUGUAUUCUUGCAGCUCCCACGAGCGGAUGGGGACGUGUUGAAAGAGCCGAUAGGCGUGCUUUUCGACCCCAUCUUUUCAAAGAGAUGUUCGCCAGUGUCGUGGAUGGGGCCGAAACGUCGUCUGGGCGUCCCUUGCCAGGUGAAGGAUCUGCCCAAAGUCCAUGCUGUGGUUAUAUCCCGUGAUCAUUGUGAGUUAUCGCUUCUGGUCGCCUUUUUGUCGGCGUAGAUGAUAGGGAUCCUGAUGUGUGAGCAGAUGAUCAUCUAGAUAAGAAGACAAUCAAAGACAUUGAGAUGUUUCAUAACGCCGUCAUAUACUAUGUGCCGAAAGGGGUCAAGGCAAUCUUGGUCAAAUUCGGUGUCUCUGUUUGUAGAGUGAACGAGAUGGGCUGGUGGGACGAAAAGCUGUUUGAAGAGGAGAGCGUAGGGUCUAAAGAUUCUUUUUCCAUCUUGUGCGCCAAAGUUGGUCAAGUAGACAACUUCUCCGAGACAGGUUUAUUGGAAAAGGGCUCGAUGGAAAACAUCGACGUGAUGACGGUUGCUUCCUCCAUCAGCCCCCACCACCUGCGUGUUAUUUGUACCCCGGCUCUGCACAAUUCCGGAAGAUCAUUGUGUCAGAUGGACAAGACAUUGUGGGCCACAUGGUAUUUGGAGUACACCUUGCCGAACAGAUCGCUUUGGAGAUGUUUCUUCGGUGGAGAUACUGGUUACCAAGCACAACCCAAUGGGCCUGUUUGUCCCAUUUUCAAAGGUGCGUACAGUGCAAGGGAGUGCAGUAUGCAGUGUGACAGGCCGCAAGCUGACGAAGCGAUGAACAGAGAUUGCGCAGCGGUACGGCCCACCCGACUUGGCGCUUCUUCCCAUCGCACAAGGCUCGGUCCUCCCAUAUCACUCGUCCAUUCUUCCACUCACCUUUGGCGUUUCGCGCCUCGUUUCGGCAGUGCGUUGUAGCCCAUCCCAUGCCAUCCAGGUGCAUAAAGAUAUGGGGGCACGUAACUCGAUGCCGAUCCACUGGGGCACGUGGACAACAGAGGACGGGGCGAGGACCAUCGCGGGCGAGUUGCGAGUAGGCUGUAAAAGGGAGGAUGUUCGCCUGAGAUGGGGGUCGUUUGGAAAGGACGGCUUUGGGGUGGGCGAUGCCGGGGUGUGGCUGGAAGUGGCGGGCGCAGCGUAGACCCCCUAAUGUAUGUUGAGUGGCUGACCUACACGCGCACGGACGUUCG